GCGAAAGUCGCGCCCGUCGGGUGCUGUGCGGAGCAGGCAUUGCCUGCUGUCCUCCCGUCGCGGGGUUAGAAGGGGAGGUGUGGUCGGAGACUAGGGACCCAGGGGGAAGACAACUCCCUCCUGGCGAGGAGGUAGGCUUGGGGCGGGCCGAUCCUCCCGGGCGUGUGCGGACCGAGGACGGGAGUCGACUCCCUCUGGGUGAUGAAGAUGGGCGGGGGUCUCCUGUCCUCCAGGUGUCUGGGAGUAGGUGGAGACAACGCAAUCAGGGUGUUUUCCGAGGUGGGGAUGGACUUGUCAUUCCCAGUUGAUGGGGCCGCUUCAGGGCAAAAGAGGGGGCGCUUCGGCGUAGCCCUCACGCCUCUCCCACCUCCCAAAUUCAAUCUUCUCAGGACUCUGCCCACCCCCACGAGACACGUCGAGGAGGAAGGUAUGGCUUCCGGGCUUCCGGCGGCCUGGUUCCGUGAACCAGUGACCUUUGAAGAUGUGACCCUGGGUUUUACCCCGGAAGAGUGGGGACUGCUGGACCUUGAACACAAGUCUCUGUACAGGGAGGUGAUGCUGGAGAACUACAGGAACCUGGUCUCAGUGGAACAUCAGCUUUCCAAGCCAGAUGUGGUGUCUCAGUUAGAGGAGGAGGAAGAGCUCUGGUCGGUGGAGAGAGGAAUUCUUCAAGACACCUUUUCAGGGUGUCCUGAGGCUCCAUUGGACCCUCAGUUGGGUCCUCUUCCUGCUGGGGAUCCCCUGAUGAAGAUCAAGGUUGUUGAAGUUCUCACACUGAACCAGGAGGUAGCACGUUCUCGGAAUGCCCAGAUCCGGGCCCUCUAUUCUGAAGAUGAGGGCCUGAGCCCAGAGGUCCUCAGGGAGCCCACUCAGCGGCAGGGCAGGCAUCCAACUGACCCCGAGGCCGCUCGCCAGAAAUUCCGGGGGUUCCGCUUUGAGGAGGCAGCGGGUCCCCGUGAGGCGCUGGCCCGGUUGCACGCACUGUGCCGUCAGUGGCUGCGACCUGAGGUGCGCUCCAAGGAGCAGAUGCUGGAACUGCUGGUGCUGGAACAGUUCCUGAGCGCUCUGCCCGGACAACUGCGGGUGUGGGUGGAAUCACAGCACCCAGAAGACUGCCAGGAAGCAGUGGCCCUGGUAGAGGAUGUGACCUGGAUAUCUGAGGAGGAAGCCUCAACCGCCCAGGACCCCACCUGCUCUCUGGAGACCACAGCUCCGCAGAAGGAAAAGGAGAAUGAGACCUCCUGGCCAGCAAAGGCACUGUCUGAGGAACCAGUGACCUUUUUGGACGUGGCUGUCGAUUUCAGCAGGGAAGAGUGGGGGCUGCUGGACCCAACACAAAGGACCGAGUACCAUGACGUGAUGCUGGAGACCUUUGGACACCUGGUCUCCGUGGGGUGGGAGACUACACUGGAAAGCAAACAAGUAACCGCAAAGUCUGACAUUCCUGAGGAAGAACCAACCUGCAACCUAAAAAUGGAAGAAUUCUCAAGGGCCGAUGCCCAGUCCUCUACCUCAGGAAACAUCUUGCAGGGUGGGGCCCUGGAAAUACUGGACACGGCAUCGAAACAAGCAGGGCUGACUCAGGGGAAAAUCCAUCCUCAGAAGCAGCACUGUGAAGGCCACAAAUCCCAGGCAAACAGUGGUCUUCACACAAGUCAUGUUUCACACCAGAAAACCCUCCCUAGAAAACGCUUGCGAAAGCGUGGCUCACGGGUUAAAAAGGUGACACACAAGUCCCAUGUAAAAAGUCAUCAGAAGAGCUGCAAAGGGGAACAAGCUAGGGAAAGCAGCAACUGUGCAAGAACCCUCAGCCAGAACACCCAACAGGUUACAUUUACAAGAAUUCACAAGGGGAGCCAAGUUUGCCGAUGCAGUGCUUGUGGUAAAACGUUCCGAAACCCGAGAUACUUUUCUGUACAUAAAAAAAUCCACACAGGAGAGAAGCCCUACGUAUGUCACCACUGCGGAAAGGCGUUCAUUCAGAGCUCCUCCCUCACACAGCAUCAGAGAAUUCACACUGGAGAGAGGCCAUUUAAAUGUCACGAGUGUGGGAGGACUUUCAACGAUCGCUCCGCCAUCUCCCAGCACCUGAGGACUCACACGGGGGCCAAGCCUUACCAGUGUCAGAUCUGCAGAAAAGCCUUCCGCCAGAGCUCCCAUCUCGUCAGGCAUCAGAGGACCCACACUGGGGAGCGCCCCUACAUGUGUAAUAAGUGUGGCAAGGCCUUCACCCAGAGCUCGCACCUCAUAGGGCAUCAGAAGACGCACAGUGGGAUGAAAUACAGGAAGAAACACCUACCUCACAGCCCUCAGGCUUGUUGAAGAGACACUGCCUUUUCUACCCGAUCCUGCAUCGUAACGCAAACUGGCCCAGUUGUGAUUCAGAACUGAAUGUGAAAAGAAGCACUGACUGAUGGUGUUCUCAAGACCAAAGGACUACGAAGGACACUGUCCUGCCACACAGAUAAGAAAACUGGUGGGGAGCUGUUGCUCAUGAAUGUUGACAGUUGAAAAAACAUUUAAUUUUGCAGUUGAUUUGCUGUUAUAAUUUGUUCAUUUGGUCAUUAAAAGUGAUUAUUAGUGAAAAAUGCUUAUAAUGUAAGUUUAAAAUGCCAGGUAGCAAAAAGUGUGUGCACUUAUAUUUGUGGUAAAGUAUUUAUGUGUAUGGACGAGUACUAAAAGACGAGAUGGAUUAAAUAA